GACCCCCCAACUCCCCAGUGAGAGGACCAGACCCCCCAACUCCCUGGCAAGAAUGUCAAAGAGGCCGUCCUACGCCCCCCCGCCUCCCCCCGCACCCACAACCCAAAUGCCCACCAGCGCCGGGUUCGUGGGCUACAACCCGUACAGCCACCUGGCCUACAACAACUACCGGCUGGGAGGGAGCCAGAGCAGCAACAGCCGGGCGACGAAUUCCUCUGGAAUCAACAUCCCCAAGCCGCCCAAGCCGCCCGACAAGCCGCUGAUGCCGUACAUGAGAUACAGCCGGAAGGUCUGGGACCAAGUAAAAGCCUCCAAUCCCGAUCUGAAGCUUUGGGAAAUUGGGAAGAUAAUCGGUGGCAUGUGGAGAGACCUCACUGAUGAGGAGAAACAGGAUUAUUUGAAUGACUACGAAGCAGAGAAGAUCGAGUACAACGAGAGCAUGAAGGCGUACCACAACUCUCCGGCCUACCUGGCCUACGUCAGCGCCAAGAGCCGCGCCGAGGCGGCGCUGGAGGAGGAGAGUCGCCAACGGCAGUCCCGGCUGGACAAGGGAGAGCCGUACGUCAGCAUCCAGCCGGCCGACGACCCGGACGAUUACGACGACGGUUUCUCCGUCAAACACUCGGCGGCCGCCCGGUUCCAGCGGAACCACCGCCUGAUCAGCGAGAUCCUGAGCGAGAGCGUGGUCCCGGACGUCCGCUCCGUCGUCACCACGGCCCGCAUGCAGGUCCUCAAGCGCCAGGUCCAGUCCCUGAUGGUGCACCAGAGGAAGCUGGAGGCGGAGCUUCUUCAGAUCGAGGACCGGCACCAGGACAAGAAGAGGAAGUUCAUCGAGGCCACGGAGUCGUUCAACAACGAGCUGAAGAGGCUCUGCUGCAUGAAGGUGGAGGUGGACAUGGAGAAGAUCUCGGCCGACAUCGCCGCGGCCGAGGAGGCGGCGCGGCGGCGGCGGACGGAGAGAGAGAAGGAGGAGAAGGGGAAGGACGGCAGGGACGGCAGGGACGGCAGGGACGGCAGGGACGGCCGGGACGGCAGGGACGGCAGGGACGGCAGGGACGGCCCGGCCUGCGUCCUCGCUGAGGAGGAAAAACACGUCUGUGCUACUCACGGAGGAAAAACUCUUCCUGCUGGAGACGGAGGAAACAAGGAGGUGGAGGAGGAAACCAGCACCGCCCCAGAGAAGCAGAAAUCCUCCGAGGACCAGGACGUUCCCCCGGGGAGCGAGGGCCCGCCGGAGGAGAAGGAUAUCGUCCCCGAGGGCGUGAUGGAGGAGGGAACCAGCGACAGCAACACGGGCUCGGAGACCACGUCGGCCCAGACGGAGGACACGGCCACCAGCGAGCCGUCGGAGGGCCCGGGCCGGGCCAGAACCAACCACUGAGCCCCAGCCGGCGGCGACCUUUGACCUUCAUCAUGACCUUCAUCACGGUGCUGCACAAACCCAUCCCUGGACGCUUUCAGACGGGCUUCUCCGGGCCGGUAAUCAGGUGCAGCUGCAGCGCAGUGGAACCAGCUGCUGCUGCCGUGGACACGUGUACGUAGACGCCUCGUAGACCGACGCCAUCUUGGAUGGGUCUCUAACGCGGCCGCCAUCUUGGAUGGGUCUCCGAUGCGAUUUUUACUUAUUUUCUCGUUCGUUGUUCUUCUUAUUCCUCGCUUUUCUAAUUUCUUCCUUUUCUCUUACGUCCUCUUCGUCUUCUUCUUCUCCUCUCACGUAAAAAACACUGGUGCAUCGGCAAAAAUAGUCCCCGGUAAUUCACUUCCGUUGUGGCUUUUUUAUUUGCGUCGUUUUUUUUUUUAUUUGCAGCGGCGUUUCUUUAUAUUUGCAGCGUUUCAUUAAUUUGCAGCGGCGUUUGUUUCUGUUUGCAGCGUUUCUUUUAUUUGCAGCAGCGUUUAUUUUAUUUGCAGCGUUUCUUUUAGUUGCAGCAGCGUUUAUUUUAUUUGCAGCGUUUAUUUUAUUUGCAGCGGCGUUUCUUUAUAUUUGCAGCGUUUCUUUUAUUUGCAGCAGCGUUUAUUUUAUUUGCGUCUUUUUUUUAAUUUGCAGCGGCGUUUAUUUUAUUUGCAGCGUUUCUUUUAUUUUUCAGCAGGGUUUCUUUAUAUUUGCAGCGGCGUUUGUUUCUGUUUGCAUCAUCUUGGAUGGGUCUCCGAUGCGCCACCAGUGCGUUUAUUUCUACUGAGGAAGGUUUUAUCCCCGACUACAAUAAUCCACUAUACUAAACUUAUACUAUAAUACACUUCACAAGUGUAUUAAUUAAUUUAUUUAUAACAUAUAAAAGUGUAUAUGUGAAUAUGUCUAAAAAGAGUUACAGAAAGCAAAAGGAGAUAUAAUAUUAUAAAUGGUAAAAUAGCCUAAAUUAUUGUUCUUACGUGUGAAAGGUAAAACCAGGCGAUCUCGUUUCAAUAGUGCGCCGGUUAUUUCAACCGUAAGCUGUACGGAAUACGGGCGAUAGUUGCUCUCCGGUGACUCCGGUUGUCUCUGCUAGCCUGCUAGCCUGCUAGCCUGGAGUGAGGACACCCAUCCAAGAUGGCGGCGACGCUGGAUUACGUUCCAGCGUGUCAUGAGGCGUCUGCGUAUAAAUGUCUACGGAGCUGCAGCCAAUCACAGAAGCCCGUGUGAAGGCCGGCAGGAAGUGGUCGGACAAACAGGAAGUGGUCCGGCAGACAGGAAGUGGUCUGGGACGAAGUGGUCCGGCAAAGAGGAAGUUGACCGACAGGAAGUGGUCGGACAGUAAAGGUCCAACAGGAAGUGGUCCUGGUCCAACAGGAAGUGGUCCUGGUCCAACAGGAAGUGGUCCUGGUCCAACAGGAAGUGGUCUCCAGCACACCGGCACCUGCAGACGACGCCCCGCCUCGUGUUCCGUGUUGUAGUUGUUGCUUUUGUCGUUUGCAUGUUCCUUUCUUCUUGUCUUAAGGACGGUUGAAGGGGCGGGGCCCGGCGUUAGCCCC